UCUGGCGGCGUAGGACUCGAGUCGUAGCAGCAUUGGGGAAUAGCCUACAUUUCCCACAAUGCAACUUCGUAAACACAUGCAAAAUCACCUGACUACUUUCACGUACGUAUGAAUGCACAUAGCAGUACUCCCACUUGAAAUUCUUUGCUUGGGUGGCCCAAACCCCGACUUGUCAGUAUUUUGAAAGAUGUUACGUCCAAAAGCUUUGACCCAGGUUCUCAGCCAAGCAAAUACAAGUGGCGUUCAGAGCACACUACUUUUGAACAAUGAAGGUUCUCUUUUGGCAUACUCUGGCUAUGGUGACACAGACGCACGGGUCACCGCUGCCAUCGCCAGCAACAUCUGGGCAGCCUACGACAGGAACGGGCAUUUGGCUUUCAACGAGGACAAACUGAAGUUUAUUUUGAUGGACUGUAUGGAGGGCAGAGUAGCCAUCACCCGGGUUGCCAAUCUGCUCUUGUGCAUGUAUGCUAAAGAAACAGUCGGCUUUGGGAUGCUGAAAGCCAAGGCAGAGGCUCUUGUAGAGUACUUGGAGGAACCCUUGACACAGGUGGCUGCGUCUUAAAGAGCAGGAGAGAAACGGCCCUUUUCCUUGUCUCAUGGCGUUGGGAGCGAAGGAAGAGACUAGCUUUAUGCAUUCAGCUGUGACUGAAUGAAAGCUGAAUUCGGACUAUGAGAGGGAAUCUUCUCAACUGUCUCUCUUGAGGACUUUGCUAUUUAUUUACAUAUUUGAUCGAUAUGCUUGCUUCCAGGUAUGUCUGAUGUUUUGUGUGGACUGCUGUGUAUUUUCUUUGUAAACUAACAAUGUUCCCUCAGUUUGUUAAGAAGCAACCAACUUCAGUUGUAUUUCUCCAACAUGCUCUGUUCAACAAUCUGACAAAUGUGUCAAACAUUUUCUUUUUGUAUGAAAUGAAUUCAUGUCUACAUUUUGUACAAAUCUACAUAAAGAUGUAACUGAAAAUAAAGACUGCUGUAUUUAAAGUGUUAAAUUAA